AUGAAGCUUUUCAUGACAAUCUCGAGCGUUUUGACCUGCAUCGGCUUUGCCGUUUGCCAGACCCAGACCGUAUGCACUGCGGACGAUGUUAUCAACUCCAUAACUGCUGUCGAGCGUUAUGCGCAGAAGAUGCAGUCUGUAACCGAUUCCUCAAAUGAGAACAUUGAUCCUGCUGCGGCCAUCUACAAAAACUUCGAAGGCCAAACUAGACACUUGAAUGAGGAUCUGCAGCAGUGCACUUUUAAUACAACCGCAGAUGAGCAGACCCAGAUUUGCAGUGCUUAUGAAGAGUUUGCUACAGCACAGCUCGGCUACCUCCACGUGGCCGAUGGACGCGAUUUCUACGCGCAGAAUGGUCACGGAGAAAACGCCGUGAAGAUGCAUGGAUAUAUUCUGCAGGCGCAGAACGCCUUGGUGAACUAUACAGCUCAAGUCGGGGAGGCAGCUACAUCAUGUGCGGAUCGCGUUAAUACAGCUUACGCACCGCUGGGUACGCAGCUUCAAAAUCUGCUGGAGGCUUACCCCGGAACGGCUUAG